AACAUAUCCAUAACCAUCUCUAUGGUAAGCAUCUUUAGUGAAGCCACACCUCUUCAACUGAAUUGCUUAUGGACUCGGAGAUGAUCUCGGAUUAGUGUGUUUGUACGUGCAAUCAUUUGGCACAAUCCCACCCUCUCCCAUUUUCCUAAACAACAUGUCCGCUUUAGACAACAAGCCUUUCUUACAUAGUGUUCUCCAAUCAUUGUAGUGUAUUUAUGUUUUGACAUCAGGCUUCACUCCUUUGAAAGAGAUGCUACAGAAUAUAUCUCAAGUAUUAUCAACCUUACUAGCAUUGCAAAUCUCGUGAAUGAUGAUAUUAUAGAUAAUAAUAUCAAGAUCCAUCUCACUCUUGUGCAUUUGAUCAAGUAAUUCCAAUGCCUUUUCUAGUUCUCCAUUGUCACAUAACCCAUCCAGUAAAAUAUCAUAAGUCAUAAUAUCAGGAUGAGCACCUUGAGAAACCAUCUCUUGGAAAAGUUCUUUGGUGAGAUUAAGUUUGUUGAUUUUAUAUAGAGUUUAUUGAUUUUAAGAAUUGAGAGAAUUGUUAAAUUUGUAAAGAACUGCAAAAUGUUUUGUAUGUUAAAAACAUCUAUAUAAAUAUUAUACAUAUUGCUUUUAGGAAUCUAGAAGAUAUAUAUAUAGUCUUUUGAAAGUUUUUUUAAUGAGUUCAAUUGUUUAAAACUCAAGUAUUAGUAAACACUAGAUUUUAAUAGAAUCAUAAACUUAUUAAUACCAAUUUUGAUAUUAAUAGAGUCUGUAUAUAAUUAAAUGAUAUCAAACCACUAAUGCUAAUUAUAGUUUCAUGCAUUUUAAUUGGUUGAAGAAUCCAUAUAGGAUUUAUAAAUCCAAGUAAAAUAUAUUUAUUUACACAUCUAACAUGUUUGUUUUAAUUAGUAUAUAAAAAUGUUGACAUUUUUCUUUGAAUUUAAGCCUUUAUAUUUUUAGCAAAAAAAUCCAUUCAAAUCUUUUACGGAAUAAAAUUUAUUUGUAAAUCUAUAUGAUUGGAUUAAAAAUUAUAAAUAAUAGAACCAAUAACACACAUGAUUUAAAUAUAUAUUUUAAAAUCAUACUAAAAUUAUUACUGAAUGUCGUUUGAAUUUUCAAAUCCAUUAAAAACAUAAGACUAAUAACCCCUGCUGAAAAUGCAUUGUAUUUUUCUAUGAAGAUAAAAGCACAUGUGAACAUUGUAAUAAAAAAAUUCCAUUAGUUUACUCCAUCAUUGGUUUACCGUUGACUCGACAAAAUACCACGUGGAUGACGAACUGAAGAAGAAUCCAACAAGUAUAAAUUAAAAUGCGCGAAAGGUCUACAAUUCCAUAUCAAGCAAACACGUGAAGGAAGAAGAUUGAAUAAAGCCCUCUCAGGUUUUUUUUUUAUUCGUCUCGUUAGGAUUCCAUCUUACUUAUUUUGUAGCGUUCAAAAACAUUUUUAAUCUUACGUUGAAUUUGUUUCCCUUUUUGGUAAUGAUAGCGUCUUCUCUCCUCCGCAAUUCAAACUGUUUGCCUGCGUUAGAUUUAUGGCCGUCUUAGUUAAAAGAUUUGCUCGCAGAGACGGAAGGGAACAACAGUUUGUGUUGGUCGAGCAAAAAGCAUCCAUCAAAGGGUCUCCAGAGCUCCGGUACGAGAUGGUCGCGGGUCGUGGGAUUGAAGCCAUUGUUAAUCGUCUUAGCAAAUGGGUUGUGUUUAUUCUGUUUGCUUCCAUCAUUCUUCUGAGGCAUGAUGGUACAGCCUUGUGGGGAAUCAUUGGAUCGGUUUCGAAUGCGACUCUCUGUGUAGUACUCAAACGUAUGCUUAACCAAGCGAGACCUGCUACUACCUCGCGAACUGAUCCCGGGAUGCCAUCUAGUCACGCCCAGUCCAUUUCUUACAUAUCUCUAUUUGCUGUUUUGUCUGGUAAGCAACUAAAAACAAAAAAUUGGAAAAUAGUUAAAUCAAUUGUUUUCACUAGCAUGCAUGGUACUGUUAACACAAAUGGAUCGUAUUGUUAUUCUACAGUUAUGGAAUGGUUUGGAACCAGUAAAGUCUCUAUGUUCCUUAGCUGCCUCAUCAUCGCAUCAGGUUCAUAUUUUAUACGGUUAAGGGUUUCUCAGAAGCUUCACACAAGCAGUCAAGUGGUGGUUGGUGCAAUCGUGGGUUCUGUUUUCUGCAUCUUCUGGUACACAAUGUGGAACUCGCUUCUCCUUGAAGCCUUCGAAUCAUCUAUAUUACUCCAAACAUCUGUGUUUCUGGUUGCAGCUGCACUUACACUAGCUUUUGCAAUUUUCGUUGUACUUAACUGGUUCAGAAACGAUAGAUGAGCAAAAGGAAAACUUACAUCAACAUUGUACGCAAAAAAACGUACUCAAAAUUGUAUCAAUUUUUAAAAAUUGCAUAUUCGCAUUCUUUAAUUAGUUCCCCAAACAUAGCAAGGUGAAGCACCUUAGACUAGAGAGCUAACAUUGAAUGUUAAUAACAGAUAACACGAACCAAAAUAUUAGUGAAUGUGGCUUCCACUUUGGUAUGCCACCGUAAAAAAAAA